AUGACCACAGCUAGAUUUCUUUACGAGCCACAACCAGGCUACAUCAAAUACACUCCCCUCUCAGCCAGUUUCGUCACCCGGCUGUCUUAUCUGGAUGCCGCUCCGUUCCUAGCAGGGACGGUCGCCCCCACUGCGUUGAACAUGACUGUGGUUGCUGAGUCCAUAUCACCUGUUUCAGCACUGGUUAAACUCUACCCGCCAUUGAACUUUGUCGUGCAAAUGGACGACACCACAUCUGCAUCGAACGGCUAUGCGAUGAACAACCAACUGAUGGACCGCACCUCGGUAAAGCAGCGGACCAGUGGACAGCAACAGGUCAUAAAGGAUGUCGCGGUACAUAUGCUUCGUACGCAGAUUUUGGCGGAGCUGAAGGCACGUGUAAAGGUUUUGAGCGCAAACCCAGCGGCUACCUUGAUCUUACAGGUGAGGGUUCUUCCUAAAACCACGUCUCUCGAAAGCUAUAUCGCAGGCACCGCUCGUGUCCUUGAUCUGUCUCUGCUGCAGUUAGGAAGUGAUCGUCCCAUGGAAAUUACCGAUAUCUUUGCCUUGGUGGACGGCGUUCAUCAUGAUGGAAGUGUUAGGCUUGUUAUUUUGAAUAGAGUGAAGUACUAA